UUAACAAAAUGGCUGCGCCUAUGAGGGUGCGGGCACCAAGGUUGUGUCAGAUUUGUAAAUGUUUUCCGUCAUCCUUUUUACGGUGCUCGUCAUCUACAACGUCCAAAAGGAAAUGGGAAGGUGUUGUGGGACUAGAAAUCCAUGCUCAGAUUCUUGCAGAAAGUAAACUCUUCUCUGGAGCUUGCACUAAGUUUGGUGGGACUACAAAUAAUCAAGUAUCUCUGUUUGAUGCGGCCUUUCCUGGAACUCUUCCUGCUAUCAACAGGAGAUGUGUAGAGGCGGGGGGCCAGACUGCUCUUGCUCUCAACUGUCAAAUAAACAAAGUGUCAAAGUUUGAUCGUAAACAUUACUUCUAUGCAGACCUGCCAGCUGGUUACCAGAUUACUCAAUUGAGACAGCCUCUAGCCAAACAGGGAUCCCUCAGGUUUCCCAUUUUAAGAGGAGACAUCUCUCCAAAAUGUCCUUUAGAUUAUAUGACUGUGAGACUGGAACAAAUACAGUUAGAGCAGGAUAGCGGGAAGAGUAUUCACAAUGAGGAUGAUAAACAGAGUCUUAUAGAUUUAAACCGGGCAGGGGUUGGACUUAUGGAGAUAAUUACAGCCCCUGAUCUAAGUUCUGGCUUGGAAUCUGUGUCAUUUCUUCGAGAACUCAUUGGAAUUCUUACCACAGUAUCUACCUGUAACUGCAAAAUGGAAGAGGGAUCAUUUCGAGUGGAUGCUAACAUCUCAGUUCAUCAACCUGGAGAACCUCUCGGUACUAGAGUAGAAGUGAAAAACCUAAACAGUAUUCGAAGUGUAAAAAAUGCCAUAGACUAUGAAAUAAGGCGCCAAAAACAGCAGUUACAGCAAGGCAAGCAGAUUAUCAACGAUACUAGAUCUUGGGAUGUAUCUGCAGGGCUCACCCUUCCUAUGAGAGACAAGGAAAUAGAACUGGAUUACAGAUUCAUGCCGGAGCCAAACCUGCCACCACUGCAUGUGUACGAUAACACCUCUAUUCCCGCAGGGCUUAAUCCCUCACAGAUAGUUAAUAUAGACGUCCUCCAACAGCAGUUACCUCCCCUACCCGCACAACAGAAACAAGAUCUAGUGACAACUUAUGGUUUACCAGAAUUAUAUGCACAUCGUAUCGAGGUAAAACCAGGUAUGAGAGAUUAUUAUAAAAAGGUUGUCGAGGCCAGACCUAAAGAUCCAAUAUAUAUAGCAGUUCGUAUGAUGGGAGAACUGCUAGGUGAAAUGAAUAAAAAAAAGCUGGAAUUCAACGACAUAACAUGUAGCCCGGAAACCUUUGGUGAGGCCUGUGACUUACGUAAACUAAAUGCAAUGACAACGAGAGAAUUUGAAAAGGUUGUAGAGGAUUUGCUGGAGAAUCCACCAUCGGAAACACAUUUAAAUCGUAUCAGGAAAAGAUUACUUAUGGGAAGCAGGGACUCUGAUGAGCAGCUAGAGAGUAUCUGUCGUCAGGUCCUAGAGGACUUUGAACAGGGAUCACAUCUGAAAAAUGCAAAGCUUAAACGAAAUCCGGAAAAGUUGUUGAUUUUCUUGGCUCAGCAGGCUACAAAGAAAUCAGUUGAGGUUCGUUUUGUUCAUGCAAGGACAGUUUUCAAGAAGCUUUUGAAUAAGGAAUGACUUAAAAUCCACUAUUUGACAAGAGCCAUCAUUCUUAUUCAAACUGACCGAGAGGAAAAUUGUGAAAGAAAAAAACAUUGUUAAAAGGUGUUCUAAAUUCAACAUAAAAUGAAGGAACAUUGUAAAAUGUGUUCAAAAUUAAACGUGAAAAAAAAGACAUUGUAGAAAAGUGUGAACAAACAGCUGAACACGGGUGGUCCAAACUCAAAAUAAAAUUGAAUUUUAUCUAAACAA